CAUUGGCAGCUGGGAACCGUGGAGGAUUUGAAUGCAUGGAGAGAUCACUGGAUUGGAACCACACAGGGACAAGCUGGGUUUGGAAAGGAGGAACCUCCUGCCCGGCUUGGGAUUGGCAGGAGUGAUGCCCCCAACUUUUGAAUGGGGCAGUGGCUGCUCAGGCUGUGAUUUGUAACAAAGGAGCAGAUCUCGAAGUUGAGCUACCGAGGAAGGAUAGAGGGGGAGUUACGCAGAGGCCGCUGAAGCUGUGAUGAGCCUGGAAUUCCUGCUGAACCACCAAGAAGGCAGAAGCUGAAAUGAUGAAAACUUUCAGAGUGGCACACGCACUGCUUCAGGAGAUUGGCAGAUUUCUGCGGGUUUCAGCAGUUGGCGCUAACAAUCCCCUGCAUCAGAGCAGAGAGGGACUGGAGGAGGGCUGAGAACCACUGAGGGAUAGCCAGGCAGUAUGAUGCAGGAAACUCCACUAGCAAUAAAUGUUACAACCGGCUAUAAAGAUCAAAUGACACUUGGGUUGGUUAACAAAAGAUAUACAAGGGGAAAGUGUUGGAAUAUUGAGCAUGGAAAUUUACUGUGCUGAGCUCAGCUGAUGAAAAGCAAAUUUCAGUCAGAAAAGCGGUUUACUUCUGUCAACCCUUCUGCCUAUCAAAUGGAAAAUGGGGCCUGUAUAUAGAAAGAGGGUGGCAGAAAGAAUAACAAAGUCUCGCUGAACUAUUGGCUUCAGAGAAAGAAAACUGACAUUCAAAUUCACCUCUGGAAAGUGUAGCUCUCCAGUUUGAAGGUUGUUUGAGGAAUUUGGGGCUGAAGGUCACAGCUGGAAACUAGCAGGAUCCGAAGCAAUUCUAGGUUCCCACAUUAAAUGCUGAAAUCUGCUAGCUUGACUCCACUGUGAAGCAACACCUGAAGUAAGUGAGAAUACAGAGACCUAGGAGAAAGGCUAAUUACAACAUCAGCUAGCCUAUUAUUUCAGUAAUAUAUUGUACACUUCAGAGAGAAAAAAGCGAGAGAGGCUGAAGAACUUAGCAGAGUGGAUCUUGGAUCUUUUAAUAGCCUCAAGAAAAAUAAACUAACUGUGUUUUGAUAGGAAGAACUAUUUUUUCAUUGUUUUUUCUGCAUUCCAAAUUUCAAAGCUCUUUGGAAAGUAUCCUCCCCUCCCCCCAUCUGUUUUGAAAUAUAUCAUUUUCCUCAGACAUCUAUUUUCACCAUUUCUGCGUAUCUGGAAGUCUCUUGUUUUGAAACUAUGGGCUUAGAACAAGCAACCCCCCCAGGUAUCUGUGGGUAAUAAUGACUUGCUUGGUUUCAAGAUACAUUUGUGAGCUGGAAGUUCUUCGCCUUGUUCAGUUUUUCAAGUGGUAAAGAAAGAACGGAGCCCAACGAUGGCAGAGAAGUGUGACUGUAUCGCUAGCAUGUAUGGCUACGAUCUGGGUUGCCGCUUUGUUGAUUUCAGGCCCCUGGGCAUUGGCGCAAAUGGACUGGUUCUGUCUGCGGUUGACAGCAAAAGCUGCCGCAAAGUGGCUCUGAAGAAGAUCACCAUCAGCGAUGGGCGGAGCAUGAAGCAUGCCUUCCGAGAGAUUAAGAUCAUCCGCCGGCUGGACCACGAUAACGUUGUGAAAGUGUAUGAGGUGUUGGGACCUAAGGGAGCCGAUCUGCAAGGGGAACUUUUCAAGUUUAACACAGUGUACAUAGUCCAGGAGUACAUGGAGACUGACCUGGCUCAACUGCUGGAGCAAGGAACACUGACUGAGGAACAUGCCAAACUCUUCAUGUACCAGCUGCUGAGAGGGCUGAAGUACAUCCACUCAGCUAAUAUACUGCACAGAGACCUCAAGCCUGCCAACAUUUUCAUCAGCACAGAAGACCUGGUGUUGAAGAUUGGCGACUUUGGGCUGGCAAGGAUUGUAGAUCAACAUUACUCUCAUAAGGGUUAUCUUUCUGAAGGCUUAGUAACAAAAUGGUAUCGAUCUCCACGCCUGCUCCUCUCACCGAACGCCUACACCAAAGCCAUUGACAUGUGGGCGGCAGGGUGCAUCCUGGCGGAAAUGCUCACGGGAAAGAUGCUGUUUGCUGGGAAUCAUGAAUUGGAACAGAUGCAGCUCAUUCUGGAGACGAUCCCCGUUGUCCAUGAAGAGGACAAAGAGGAGCUGCUCAAAGUGAUGCCAACUUUCAUCAACAGCACCUGGGAAGUGAAGAAACCUUUACGCAAGCUGUUUCCGGAAUUGAAUGGCGAAGCUAUUGAUUUUCUGGAGAAGAUCCUGACAUUUAACCCCAGGGAUCGAUUAACUGCAGAGAUGGGUUUGCAGCAUCCUUACAUGAGCCCAUACUCCUGCCCUGAAGAUGAACCAAUUUCUCAGCAUCCGUUCCGGAUUGAGGAUGAGAUUGAUGAUAUUUUACUGAUGGAAGCCAACCAGAGCCAGAUGUCCAACUGGGACAGGUAUCAAGUAAGUCUCUCUUCUGAUUUGGAGUGGCGACAUGACAAAUACCAUGAUGUAGAGGAGGUACAACGGGACCCACGAGCAGGAUCUGACUCCAUUGCUGAAGAAGCACAAGUUGAUCCACGCAAAUAUUCUCAAAGCAGCUCAGAGAGAUUCUUGGAGCAAUCACAUUCCUCAAUGGACCGAAUGUUUGAUGUUGAUUAUGGGAAAUCAUGUGAUUACAAAGUGGGGUCACCUUCCUACUUGGACAAGCUGCUAUGGAGAGACAAUAAGCCCCAUCACUACUCAGAGCCCAAACUUAUCUUAGACUUGUCACACUGGAAAACAGCAACUAUAACACCCACUGCAGAGUUAUCACUGGAAGAAGAACCAUCUAACCUCUUUCUAGAGAUAGCUCAAUGGGUUAAGAGCACACAGUCAGGGCUUGAAUGCCCUAGUCCUCUUCCAGAGCUUCAAGAACAGAGUCUGCCAUCAUCUCCUCACCAUCAUCAUAAAGAAUCUAAGGAUGUAAACAGUGAAACAGACCCUCAGUUUGACUUGGAUGUCUUCAUCUCUAGGGCGCUGAAACUUUGCACAAAGCCCGAGGAUCUCCCAGACAAUAAGCUCAAUGAUAUCAAUGGGGCUUGUAUUUCAGAACACCCUAAUGAGAUUGUACAAACAGAGGUGUUUCAGAAAGAGAGGUGGUAAAGAAACAAUGUCUGAUAUUCACGGCUAAUCUCUUUGUAAGUCUUUGAUAAUGCAUCAGUUACCCUAUAGUGAACAGUAAUUAACGUUUGAUCUAUCAUUGAACAUGUCAGUUUCUUACAGUAUAAUGAAUGCCUUUUUAUUAAAAGGCGAGCACAAACCAGGAACCCCUUUUGAUGCCUCAAAAAUACACUUAAAGGAGUCAAGAGGUAUGAAUGAAAUAUUGAGUUUCUUAUGCUGCCUUAACAAUCUUGCCUUGUAACUUCUGGGACCUAUUUGGUACUUCAAUGUACAAUGGAGAGAUGACUGUACAAGUUUACAAACAGAAGUUGAAUCAACUUCCUUUUUUAUAUAUAGCAUCUUAAAGGAAUAAGGAUGAAGGGGAGUCCCUUCAUUAUGGUCGGACACUCCCCUGCUUUGACAGGUUCUUUACACGUUGAACCAAAGGACUUCUUUGAUGAACUCAUCUGAGUAUUGUCUGUACAAAAAGGAGUAAUGUAAGGGAAUCUCUUUCCAUAAUUAGUCCUAUAUCCACCUUUGACCAAAUUCUGCCUUUAAUCAGGAAAUAGAGGUUGGAAGAAUCUAACUAAGGACAGAAUUUGGCCAUCAGGACAGAAAAUGAGGCUGCAAGAAUAUUAAAUAUUAAAAAUGAGGGGAAAGAAUUUGACCCACGGUAUAUGGGUCAUUUUGGUUUUCUCAUUGGGAGAGAGAAUUUUCACUAAUAAGCACAUUCUUCUAAUCUGGUUCCUCAUAUAAACAAGUCUUUCCUUCUGAAGUCUAGAUGUGGAUCUGAAGUCUGCCAUUUUUAGAAGACCCAGCACCAUAACUAUGGGUGGAUGAAUUAAAAAAACAUAAUGCAGCAAAACUUAUUGUAAGCAACUGCUCAAAGGACCAGCAAAUACUGGCAGUGUGGUCUGCAAGGGAGGAGAGAGUUGGAAAUUAGGGAGUACUGAGUUAUGAUCCUGGGUCUUCCACUUACUUGCUAUGUAGCCUUAGGCAAGUCACUUAAUGUCUCCAUUACAAAUUUUCCAUCUGCAAAAUAGGUAUAAUAAUAUCUUGCUCACAUAGAUGUUGGAUGGGUAAAUUAGCUGCAGUUUGUACAGUGCUUUGAGAAGCCACAGUACUAUAUAAGUGCUAAGUAUUGUUACAUCAUUUUUCUAACAGAAAUUGGUGGUCUUUGGCUAAAAUCUGAACAAAAUUGUACUGGAAACAUUCAAGAUACGUUCAAGUGGUCACUUAAACCAAUGGUUUGGCUGUUGGAGAUGGUCCUCUGUGCAGGCUGUACAACAGGGACCAGAAAGGAAAGGUGAUCCCCUUACUGGUGGCAUUAGAUUCUUACACUGUUUGUGUGUGUGUGUAUAUAUAUAUAUAUAUAUUUCUUAUACUCUGUGUGUGUAUGUAUAUGUAUAUAUACAGUGUGUAUAUAUGAAAUAUAUACACGUCAGUUAUGAAGAAAUAUUCAGAUCUUUUCAAGGCCCUUUGCUUUCAGGUUCCUUGGAAGGUAACUAAGUCAGUAGAAAAACAACACUGCUUUGUAAAUAACUAUAACCACAACUGAUCUAUUGUAGGUUCUGUUUUCAUCCACACUUCUGAGCACCUUAAUAACUAAUCAGCUAACUAGAAUUUGUAAAUUGAAUAAAUGUUAUAUACUUAUAUUUAAUCAGCCGGAUCAAAUUUUAAAAAAUGGAAAACAUGUAAAUAGUAAGUGUUUAAAAAAAUAUGUAUUAUUCUUGUCAUCCUGCCAUUUUGUUUUCCAGCAUGACGGCAUUACUUUUAUUUGUAAAAGAUAAACUACUGAAGGUUCAUAUGUCACAUUACAUAUUAUUUUUACCCUUUUGAAAAAUGAUCUUUUAAAUAUUGUGAGAUGUGAAGGAAAAUCUUAUGAGGAUUGGCUGAAAGACUAACUAAUGCAGCAUUUAAUACUACUAACCAACAUUUCUUGGUGGAAUUAGGAUUUAGGGACAGG